AUGGCGGAGCCGGUGAGGAAGCGGGGCCGGCGCUCAGGAAGCGGCGGUGCUGGCCGAGGAACUCGGGGGGCCCGGGGCGCCCGGAACCGGCGCCCUGGAGCCCAGCAGUCUCCUGCCCGGCGCUCCGUGGAUUCGGUACUUGUGGACUUGGUCAGCGACAGUGAUGAGGAAAUCGUGGAGGUUUCAGCCGCGCGCGGGUCAGCGGACCCGGUCGAACUCCUGCUCCCGGAGUCCCCCGUGCCGGCCGCGCCGCGGGACGACCGGGACGAAAGCGACAGUGACAGCGACAGCGAAGGGGCGGACGCACGGCCGGCUGGAGCCCCUCAGGGCCUUGUCAGGCGGCGGCGGCGGCUACUGCUGGAUCCGGGGGAGGCACCGGUGGUGCCGGUGUACUCCGGAAAGGUGAAGAGCAGCCUCCAACUCAUCCCAGAUCACUUGCCCCUCCUGAAACUCUGUCCCCCAGGGCCUGAGGAAGAGUGUGAUAUGGCAGAUUCUAGCAGUCCCCAUGCUGAGGAUCUCCCAGUUCCAGAUUCUCCCUGGAAGAAGAAGCUGAGGAGUAAGGCUGAAGAAGAAAAAGAGAAAAACACGGUGUCUCUGGCUCAGGACACCUCUCCUUUGCCCCCACCUCUGCCGAGGACCAAAAGCAGAAAACAUACUCAGGCACUCCAGAAGUUAAGAGAGGUGAACAGGCGCCUCCAGGACCUUCGUUCCUGCCUGAGUCCCAAGCAGCACCAGGGCCAGGACCACCUGAGCCAAGACGAUGAGGUGGUCCUUUUGGAGGGGCCCAUUCUCCCAAAGAGCCCCCGACUUUUCCAGCUCAAAAUCCGGUGCCGUGCCGACCUGAUCAGAUUGCCUGUCACAAUGUCGGAGCCCCUACAGAGUGUGGUGGACCACAUGGCCACCCGUCUUGGGGUGUCCCCAAGCAGGAUCCUCUUGCUCUUUGGAGAGACAGAGCUGUCCCCUACUGCCACCCCCAGGACCCUAAAGCUUGGAGUGGCUGACAUCAUUGACUGUGUGGUGCUAGCAAGUUCUCCAGAAGCCACAGAGACAUCCCAUCUGCUCCAGCUGCGGGUGCAGGGGAAGGAGAAACACCAGAUGCUGGAAGUCUCGCUGUCUCGAGAUUCUCCUCUCAAGACUCUCAUGUCCCACUACGAGGAGGCCAUGGGACUCUCUGGCUGCAAGCUCUCCUUCUUCUUUGAUGGGACAAAGCUUUCAGGCAAGGAGCUACCAGCUGAUCUGGGCAUGGAAUCCGGGGACCUCAUUGAGGUCUGGGGCUGAAACCCCUCCCUGUUUGGAGGCCCAUCUGGACUUGGGGAGAACACCUGUCCCCUUUUGGCCCUGUAAGGGCUGGCUGAAGCUGAGUUAGAACUUAGCUUUAAGCUGAAGCAAAAUCAAGGCAUGGUAUUUGACCCCCUCUCCCGUUGACUCUAGUUUCAAACUGUUAGUGACCUGGUUAGUUGUGUGGUCGUCAUUGCUGCCCUGGGUGGACUGUGGCUCCAUUUCCAUGGUGUGCUGAGUUUUGCAACCCCCUGGGACAUCUCCUACCCCCCACCCUUUUACUUCCACCAUCACCCUUUCCUUCACCAAAAUGUCUAUUUUAUGGAACUGCUGUUUGAAGAGGGAGUUGAAAUAAAUUAGGGUUGAGAAUGGGAUUCCAGGCCUGGGAUUUACGCCAUGUCUAGGACAGCAGUGGCCUUAGUGUCAAUUGGGGAUAGGUGGUGAGGUUUGCUUGAGGCACAUAACAGGUGUGGCUCUUUGACUUGCAGGAAAGUAAAUGAUCAAGCUCACGCAUGAGCCUAAGUGUAGGCAGACAGUGGGCUACUCUUUUGAAAGAUAUUGAAGGUUCUGGGCCUUGAGUGUCUAACUCACCUCAGGACCCUUUACAGCCCCUGCCUGAUGCACACACAUUAUUUAGGGCAUAAUUGAGCACACAGAGCCUUUCGUUUUGGAUCGCAGAUUCUAGUCCAUGCAAGGCCCUGGUUUUAUGGCUCUUCUCCCCUUCUUCGUGCCGUCCUCUCCCAUAAGCACCCGCUCUACGCUGUUGGUUACACAUCUUUGAAUAUGAAUGUGUCCUUGUGAAGCGCGGUGCUGUGCGUGUGAAUAGCCUUCCUAGGCAUGUGGUGGUGUGCUGCACAUCUGUGCGGCUUCUUUUCUCACUCAACAUGUGUUGCCUGUUUUACACCGACUCUGCUGCUUUGAACUGAGCUGCGGCCUUGCACAGUGGGCAUCAGCUGCGUGAUACUUUCACGUUCACUGCUGGACCCCGGGCGACUCCAACCCUAGGUACCUGCAACUCCUGGGCAUGUAGACAAGGCCACGAUGAACAUCCUAUUAUGUGUCCCCUUCCAUGCUUGUGUGGAAAGCUCUCCGGCGUAGGUACCCAGGAUGGGAUUACAGGCCAGACAGGUUAAUUUCUCUAUAGUUCUACCAAAUUUCUCUUGAGAUGGUCACUGACACUCCCACUGGAAGCUUCCCCUUUCUCCUCACCCUCACUGGCUCUUUUAUUGCCCAACUUUUUCUUUUUUGCCAGUCUCAAGGGUGUAAGGUGUGUUUUAAUGUGCACUCAUCUCAUCCCCAGGAACUUGGGGGAUUUCUUCAGGUACCUGUCAGCCUUUUUGGUUUCCCUUUCUGUAAGCUGUUCAUUUCUCUUUGCUUAUUUUCUCAUGUGGGCUUCCUGUGCCUUUGUUUAUUCUCAAGAGUGAUAUAUUCCUGGGCAGUUGCAGAUAACUCAGAAUGGCACUUGGUUUAUAUAUCUAGGUGUGCCCUUUACUGAAAAGAAAAUUUUAAUUUUAAUAUAGGUGAAUGAAUUAUUUUGCCGUAUCUUUUGUUGCUUUUUGAUUUCUUAUUUAAAAGUAAUUAAGAUAUUUUACAUUUUCUUUUGUUAGCUUAUUAGCUUUUCCUUUCACACUUAGGCCAUAAAUAGGGCUGAAGUCCAGCUAGUACAUGCUGGUGUUUGCAGCGUCUGGCGUCUGCUCUGCGUGGUCAAACACUUGUUCUCAGUGGCUGAUGCCAAACUGUACUAGCUGCUAAAUAUUGAGCAUUACUUUUAAACUAUUUAAAAUUCACAUUUGCAUAUGAGGUCCAAGUCUUAUUUUCAUCAUACAAUUAGCCAGUUUCCUCAGUGUUGUCUACUAAUAAAGUCAUUAAUUUCCCACUAUAUGUGGUAUAAUUUUGGCAACAGUGUAUCACAUUCUUAAAAUUUUUUUUGUUGGUGUGGCAUUCCUUUGACCUAUUGUAGCAAAGAAACCUUAAUAACAUUUAAAUAAUACAUAAUACGGUAUAGCUCUCAUUUUUUCAGAUCUUUUAUGUCUGUUAAAGACUUUGAACACAUUAAGAUUAUAUAUCCAGUCUCAGCAGAAUAAAUGGGAAUACCUUCAA